UACUGCACACCUCUAAUGUAUGCGGACGACACUACCUUAUUUCUGACCCAACGUUCAGCAGAUGGCCUUGCGGUCUCAUCUUAUACAGCUCUCAACAUGGCCAUCCAAUAUUGCUAUGGAAAUGACCUUGUAGUAAAUCCAUCAAAGACUAACCAGAUCGCUUUUGGAAGGAGAGCAUCAGAAGUCCCAACCAUUCCAGAUGUCAGUAUUGAAGAUCAUUUAAAAUUCCUUGGAGUAACAGUGGAUACCGAACUAAAUUGGAUUAAUCACGUCGACAAUCUUAGUAAAAAACUCAACACUGGUCACUUUGUCAUCAAAGCAAAUUCUUUCUCUCAGUAG